CAGCUCGUAUCGGAUACUUCCGGUUUUUAAAAUCACAAAAAUUUUGGGCGUUCUAUCGCAAUAUAUGCGAUAUUAUAUGGAAUUAGAAUAAACAAUUGGAAAUGAAUUUAAUAUAAAACUCGAUGUAUCUUUGGAAAGGCUCACUUUUUACCAGGAUAUCAUAACUUGACUAUCAACCGAAAUUUAGUGGACCCGAUGAAAAAUGGCGUCUCAACAAAAUUCAACAAAUUCUCCCUUUCCAUCUUCUAGGCCAAUGGGACUACCCCAAGGCAGUAGUAUGCCACCAGGAAUGGCUCAAACAAUGCCAGGUGGACCUCCAAGAGGUGUUCAACAGCCAGGAUUUCCACAACAGCCACCAGCAAGGUUUGGACCACCUCCACACACGGGUAACCUACCAAGACCCCCUCCAGGUGCAAACAUGAACAUGCCUCUCAGUAGGCCACCAGGAGCAGCGCUACCUGGAACAUUUAGUGGGUUGCCUAACCGACCACCAGGAGUAGGUCCACCCCCAACUGUUAAUGGAAUGUCUGGGCCAAUGAUGAAUGGUCCCCCACGAGGACCCUCACCAGGGCAAAACAGGCCACCAUUCUCACAGGCAGGAAACGUUGCACCUCCACCUAUGGUGGGACAACCAUAUCAGAAGCCUACAAUGGCACCACCCCCAGUCAGUCAGCCUCCUAUGCCUGGACCCCCAAUGCCAGGGGCACCUCCUAUGUCUAGACCUCCUGGCCCAGGAGUCCCCCCUAUGUCUGGUCCGCCCCCACCCAUGGGCAGCCAAUCUACAACUGGACCACCCAUGGCAUCACGACCCUCCUCCCUACCACAACCUACUCCAGACAAUGCCAUCUCAAACUCAGGAGGUGCAGAUUCACUCCCCGUCCCUUUUCAUGGCCAAGGCCAAUACUCCCACACAGUGCACAAUGCCCCCACCCCCACCCCACUCUCACAGGUUCCAGGAUCAGGACCCCCCUCUGCUAACUCCUCACGAGUCCCCUCCCCUCUGCCUGGUACCAACUAUGACGCUAUGGAGGGACAAUUUACACCACAAAAUACCCCAGCAAACUUUCCUCCUGGUCAAUCUCCACCUCAACAACCAGUGCCCCCUAUAAAUCAAAGCGGAGCAACACCACCAGGGGCAACUAGUGGUGGCAUAGCAGGCAAAAGAGUUUAUCCACAAAUGCAACAAGGAUAUAAUCAACCGCCAACCCAAACACAACAACCAGGUUUUAACCAGCAACAGCCAGGUUUUAA